UGUUGCCGUGGCGUUGUUUACAAACUUCUUGCCGUUGCGGAAAAAGUGGUGGAAAGCAUUCACAAAGUCAUGCAUCUCGUUGUUUUCGCUGCAAUUUUAAGUGCGGUGCUGUCAAUGUCAGUGCUAGUCUCUCUCACAGUGCAUCAUGUUCAACCAACGCCUUAUAUGGACGAAAUAUUUCACGUUCCGCAAGCGCAGAAUUAUUGCGCUUUCAACCUGUCUCACUGGGAUCCGAUGAUCACUACACCUCCGGGACUCUACCUGACAUCGGUGCUGUUCCUGCUCCCCUUCGGGCUGGUUAUGAACUCUGAAGUUUGCACGCUGUUUGUGUUGCGUUGCUGCAACAUCGUUUUGACACUUGGAAACUUCUACGUUUCGUCGUUGAUCUCGAUCAAGCUCGCGGGUGCCGCCGGAAGCAAAGCCCGCACGAAGCUCGUCGUGUCGAGCUCCGCGAUGUCUCUGCUGCCGGUGCUACAUUUCUUCACAUUUCUCUACUACACCGACCCGGGAUCUGUGUUCUUCCUGCAGCUCAUGUACCUGUACUCCCUAUUCGACCGUCACUACCUCGCUGCGUGCUUCGGAGCCGUAGCUGUGCUCUACCGACAAACCUCCGUAGUUUGGGUAUUCAUGGUCGCCGCCUGCAAAACCAUGGAAAUCGCCGAAACUACAAUUUCUGCGAGCGACAACAAAUUGGAAGGUUUUUCGUGCGCUGCCGCUAAAAUCGCCGCUGAGCCAAUGAAACAAGCGCGGCUGUUCUCUGACUUUGUGAUGCGCGUGUUGAACGAGUGCUUGGGUUACGUUGUCGUCGGGCUGUCCUUUGUGGCGUUCGUGCUUCUCAACGGCAGCAUCGUUCUGGGCGACAAGUCUUCGCAUCAGGCGUGCGCGCAUUUUCCGCAGCUCGGUUACUUCGCACUUUUCACGCUGUUCCACGCUGCUCCGCAUUUGGUGCUGCCCAGCAUAUUGAGAGACUUCUGCCAAAGUGUUCUCCGGAGGCCAUUCUUGUACGCCGCUGUUACUUUAGCUUGCGUUCUCUCUCUGCAAAAUUUUACCUACGUUCACCCUUAUCUCCUUGCUGACAACAGGCACUUUCCCUUUUACAUUUGGAGGCGGCUGUUAGGCAGGAGCGAGCUUGUCCGAUGCUGUCUUGUGCCGUGUUACAUCUACGCAGGCUACGCCAUGUUACACCGGCUGCAACAUAAAAAACCGCUAUGGCAACUUCUGUUCUUUUUGUGCGUCGUCGCCGCUACAGUGCCCCAGAAAUUGCUGGAGUUUCGUUACUUUGUUGUUCCGUAUCUGUUCUUUCGGCUGCAGUUAAAAGAUGUCAAGUAUUGGCAAGUGCUUCUGGAACUUUUUGCCAAUAUUUUGCUAAAUGGUGUCGUGAUGUGGCUGUUUCUAAACCGUACGUUCGCGUGGACAGGUAACCCGGCCGUUCAGAGGUUCAUGUGGUGAUUCUCCAGCUUUGUACUUAGUGUUCUUACUUAUGCCAAAAAAACAAUGAUCUCACCACCUGUGAGCACUUGUCUGCAGGUAAUCCCGAGUAAUUGUGAACCACUAUGGGGCUUAAGAAUGUUCAUGAGUGUCUAGUGCAGUGUCUGGUCACAGUACAUGCACAGGCCAUGAAUAAAAUUGAACUGAGCCCUUAUUAA